GCGGCGACAGGCAGGGUGUCCCAUGUCAGGCAGACCGUCCUUGAUACCUCCCUAGUGGGAGGGCAAAGGUUGAGUCACCCGUCGAAGGGGAAAAACAGGUUGCGGCCGCUGCCUUUGAACAGGAAGGGGGCGGGCUCUGGCGGGGCUUCAAGUUCUCCUCGGCAGGCUCCUGCCCCACCAGUCCGUGCCGUGCCGUGCCGUGCCAUGGGCCCUUGGCUCCUGCUCGCUGCUGCCUGCGCCCUCUGGGCAACUCCGGGGGAGGCUCACUCGGCAUGCAGAGCCCCUCCUCACCUGUGGUGCAGUUCCAAGGAGAUUGCACAGGCCUGCCAGGCAGAGCAGCUCUGUGCCAGGAAGGCAGCCCACCGGGCCUCCCCACCGGUCUCCGUGCAGCUGUACUACGAGAGCCUGUGCCCAGCCUGCCGCGGUUUCCUCUCCAAUCAGCUCUUCCCCACGUGGGUCAUGCUGAAUGAAAUCCUGAAUGUCACACUGGUGCCAUACGGCAACGCACAGGAGAGAAAGGCGGAAGGCAAGUGGCACUUCGACUGCCAGCAUGGCCAAGAGGAGUGCCAGGGGAACAUGAUGGAGGCCUGCCUGAUCCACCUGCUCGGGGACCUCGAUCUUUACUUCCCGGUCAUCUUCUGCAUGGAGUCAGGCAGCGACGUCGUGGGGAACCUGUUGCCGUGUCUGAAGGUUUAUGCUCCUGAGUUGUCUUUGGCCAAUGUCACGGCCUGUGUGAACGGAGACCUGGGCAGCCAGCUGAUGCACCAGAAUGCGCAGCGCACUGAUGCCCUGAAACCACCGCACAAGUAUGUGCCAUGGAUAGUCAUCAAUGGGAAGCACACCGAAGUCUUGCAGUCUCUGGCCAUGGAGGCCCUGUUCAGGAUGGUCUGCAACUUGUACCAGGGAGAGCCGCCUUCAGCCUGCCAAGGACAACUCCCAGCCACGCCUUCUCCAUCCCCACCAAAUAUCUGCCUGAGGUCUUAAGUUCAGGCCUGGCCUCCCCACCUCUCGCCUGACCCUUGGAGCCAGGGAGGCUGCUCUCACCUGAGGCAGACCAGAAAGAACCUUUUCCUUCCUGACCCCCAGUGGAAGGCCAGCGGCCACCUGCAAGAGCCGGCCCCUCCG